AUGAAGCACGCUGCCCGCUUGUUUAGCCGACAGGCUCGCCAGUUCUCGUCCACCGCGCGCGCGGGGUCGGACGCGCUUAUGGUCCACCGAAACUCGUCCUACAACAACCCCAACAUCCCCUUCAAGCUGAACGCGGAGAACCAGAAGAUUGCCCAGCAGAUCAUCGCAAAGUACCCGCCUCAGUACAAGAAGGCGGCCGUGAUUCCCCUGCUCGAGGUCGCACAGAAGCAGAACAAGAACUGGACGAGCAUCUCUGUCAUGAACCACGUCGCCGAGAUCCUCGAGAUGCCCCCGAUGCGAGUGUACGAGGUUGCGUCGUUCUACACCAUGUUCAACCGGGAACCGGUCGGCGAGCACUUUGUCCAGAUCUGCACAACGACUCCCUGCAUGCUCGGCGGAUGCGGCUCGGACAAGAUUGUCGGGGCGAUUGAGAACCACCUCGGCAUCUCGGUUGGCGAGACCUCGAAGGACAACAAGUUCACCUUGCUCGAGGUCGAGUGCCUCGGCGCAUGCUCGAACGCGCCCAUGGUUCAGAUCAACGACAAGUUCUACGAGGACUUGACACCCGAGUCGAUGGUCCAGAUCCUCGAGGACCUGGCAGCGGGAAAGGAGCCCAAGACGGGUCCUCACAGCGCGAGGAAGGGCAGCGAGCCGAACGGUCCCCUGACCGCCUUGAACGACAUCCCUAAAGACCCGAAGGCGCACUUCUUGGCCGAGUGGCGUUAG